AUGCUACAAAUACCUAAACUUAAAAAAUUUAUUUUCCCACUCAUAGGAACUUUAAACAUUUUUCAAUUGUCACUCUAAUAAUCUCUACCUAUUCAUAAUUUAGAUUCCUUUGUCUAUUCAUAAGAUAAUUCAAAAUAAGCUACAGAAACUUUAGUAUUAUAAAAUGGAAUCUAUAUUUUUGGUUGUGUUUUAGGAUCAGAAAUUUACAAGUAUUAUUUACUAAUUAAUCUUUAGAUUAUUAGCAAAUUAAUCCAGUAAAUUUGUUUUUCUCCUCUCUGAUGUAAUUUAUUUCUUAGCUAAUUGCACUAUUCUUUUAUUGCAAAUUUCUAUUGAUGAUUAAUCUAAUUCAGAUCAAACUUCCUCAUAAGAUGAUAAACAUAAUAUUUUCAAACCUUAAAAUGUCUUUGUUUAAAUAUAUCUGAUUUUAAGAAUAUUUGUUGGAAUUGCUAAUGGCAUAAAUUAUGCCAAAUCAAUCAUUUAUGUCAAAUAAAUGUGUUCUAAAAAAGAAAGCUAAUUUUUCUUUAAGCUAUUUCCACUUCAACUCCUUAUUGGUUAAUUUUUAGGAAUAUUUACUUUUAAAAUUAUAAAAGAUGAAUUCACAACUUCGCUGAAAAUUGUUUUAAUACUCAACUUUAUUUGUUUUAUUAGAAUGGUAUUACUUUAAUUUUUAUAAAUUGAAACUCCAUAAUACUAUCUUUAUACUCUUAAAGAUUAAAGAAGAUCGAAAAUGAUAUAUUAAGAAAUUCAUAAUGAUAAUGAUAACAUUUAAACCUACUUUGGAUUUUAGUAACAAACUUUGAAAGGCAAUCUUUAAGCAAAUCAAUCUGAAUAUCUUAUUUCGAAACCGUAUUUAAAAAAGUAUUUUAAAUGUUGUCUAUUAAUUGUGCUUACAUAAUUUACUGGAGAAACCUUAAUUUUUUCAUUCCUUUUUACACCUAUGAAUAAAUCUUAUAAAAGUAGUUUUGAUAAAUAUUAUUAUUGUUCUUUUGGAUCUGGAUUGUUUGUAAUUUUGUUAUAAAUGAUAUUUUAUCAUUUUAUUAAAAGAAAAAAAAUUAUAACUUUAAUUGGAUAAUCCCUCAUUUGCAUUGCUUUAGCAUUUUUAGGAUUUUCAGAUUCAAUCUGGGCUUUAAUUCUCUUAUAAUUAGGCUAUUGUUUAGGAAUAGGAACAUAAAUAUUUUCUAUUAUUCCAUAUUAAUUGCCAGAAUUUGGAAUUUUAUAUUGUAUAAACAUUUAAUGGAUAAUCAGCUUGAUAGAAAUGUGUUUUUAUGGACUAUUUUUAAAUAAAUUGCCAAACAGCGAUUCUUUAUAAGAAAUUCAUGCAAUACAAGAAAUUAUUUAGAUUUACUUUUUUAUAAGUUGCAUUGGAUUAAUUUUGAUUUUUAUAAUUUUAAGAGUAAUAACACUAUCUUUUAAUUUAGCAACCUAUUCGAACUUAGCCAAAUUAGAGAAAUUAAAACGAAGAUAAAAAGACUCUAUGA